AUGGCAGCCCUCUCGGCGCUCAGCGCCCAGCUCAAGGCUGAUGAUUUCACCUCCAUUCCUAUCAUCGACAUGACAGACGCGGCGCAUCCCGACGCGUCCCGGCGCCAUGCCGUGGCGAUGGAGAUCCGGGCCGCGUGUCUCAACCAGGGCUUCUUUUAUCUCAAGAACCACGGCGUGCCGAAAGCGGUCGCGGAUGCGGCGUUCGACCAGUCCAAGGCGUUCUUUGGGAGCGGGAACGAGGUUAAGCGCUCUAUCGACAUCUCCAAGUCGGACAACUUUCGUGGCUACAUGGGCGUCCUGAUGGAGAACAACGACCCAACCAACAAGGGCGACUACCACGAAGCCUUCAACCUCGGCCUCGACCCCUCCCUCGCACCGGAAAGCAUGGGUACAGAGGGCAGCGGUGACAGCAAGAUGCAGCAUGGGGCGAACGCGUGGCCCCAAUCUCAGGUGUGGCCUGGAGCGGACGAGUUUAAAUCAACCACUCUGCAGUACUACUCGUCCAUCCUCGGUCUGGGCCAACGCCUUUUCCCGCUGAUCGCACUGGCCCUAGACCUUCCCGAGUCGUUCUUUGACGACAAGAUCCAGCAUCCCGCGGCUAUUAUGCGGCUGCUUUACUAUCCCGAACGGGAGGUUGGUGCUGAUGAGAAGAUGCCCGGUAUUGGGGCGCACACGGAUUUUGAGUGCUUUACGAUUUUGAGGCAGGACGAUAAUGGCACAGUGCCAGCGCUCCAGGUCGCGAAUCGGCAUGGAGAGUGGCUUGAUGCCAAGUGUAUUCCGGAUACGUUUGUGGUUAACAUUGGCGACCAGCUUGCGCGGUGGACUAAUGACAUCUUCGUGUCGACGCGCCACCGCGUACUCCCCACCGUCGGACGGGACCGGUACUCGAUCCCAUUCUUCUUUGGCUGCGACCACGACGUCGUCAUGGACCCGAUCCCCACGUGUGUCAGUGAAGAGCGACCGAACAAGUACGAGGUUAUGACGGCGGGCGAUUACGUCCACAUGCGCCUGACGGACAUCUAUGCGGCGGGCGUCAAGGGUGGCCCGGAUGCUAACGGGAGUAGCUGA